GACUUUGUUGUGACAACAUGAGAAUGGAUAAUUCAUCGACAUCGCUUCCUCGCUUUAACAAGUGUUGCUUCUUUUUUGGAUUGAGGAGUGGAGUGUUGAUAUUUGUGUCGAUUGAAGCCUUAUUUUGGGGGAUUUUGUCUUUUGUCGCAGUUUAUAGUGAAGUUAAGUACAUUAGAAAUACUGACAUUCCUGAAUUUACUGACGAUUUGGAACGCGACUGGUAUUAUUAUUUGAUUUUUGAACACCCCAGAGACACUUUCAAUGAGAGAGUACGAACCAACCUCAUCGUUCUAAAUCUCGUCCUCGCAUUCAUCAUCGUUCUCUACUUAAUCUUCACACUUUUGUUGAUUAUUGGGAUUUCAAAGCGUUCAAAAUGUUUUUUCGUACCCUAUUUAGUUUUCGACGUUUUCUUCUUGAUUCUGACGCUCGUUCUUGGCAUCGUAGGAAUGUUUUUCCGUUUCCAAAUCUCAAAACUAUGCAUCUUCUUCUUCUUUAUUAAAUUCUAUUUCGCAGUCUGCGUUUACUCGCUCUUUAAAUCAUACAGCAAAAAAUCAAGUGAUCGAAUCUCCAUCCACAGUGCUGCAAGUCAACAUUUAACUGCCGUUGAAGAAAGUCCAACAUCAUCGCAAAAACCAGGACUUGGUGAAGCUCCUUUGGCUGUCGCCGUUUAAUAUAAGGCUCGCACGAUGAAAUUUCUUCAUCACAAAAUUUAUAAACGCAAGCCGAAUGAACGAUAAAAAUUUCCCCGAACACACAAAGUUAAGUGAAAAAUAAAAUUUAUUUCGAUUUCCGGUGAAAAAAUAUUACCAACUUGAGGUUGUCGACAAGAGAAUCAGAAAACGGAAACCAAAAUGUUCAAUGUGAAACCCAAUCAAUUAAGCGGAUUAGAUACAACAAAAAUAACAUUUUUCUUGGUAGCAAAUAAGUAAUUUGGUAGUCAUGCGGAAUUUAGAAAUUAAGAAUAUUUUAUUUCCAUUUCGAAAAGCUCGCCAUUCACUUACUGGCGUUAAUAAAGAAAAAAGCUUUCUUCGUUUUUCGACGAAACAUUAAAUGUAGGAUUUUUAAAUGUCUUCGAUGUUGUAAUUUAAUGUAAUCAAAUAUUACCCAAUAAAGUUUUAUACAUUAAUUUUUUUGAUCAACUUUGCGUCUUUAUACGAACGCAAAAUCCAAA